AAAGAAAUAGGAGGAGAGACAGAGGAGAGGCAGAGCGAGGGAGCGGAGCUGUAGGGAAAUGGCUUCGGAGGAGACGGCUGGCGGGGCACGCAAAGCCACCAAGAGCAAACUGUUCGAGUUCCUCGUCCAUGGAGUGCGUCCCGGUAUGCCAUCAGGACCACGGAUGCCCCAUCAGGGGGCGCCAAUGGGUCCUCCAGGCCCACCGUAUGGAGGAAACUCCACUGUUCGGCCUGGGCUCACCAAUCCAGCAAUGGAGACCAACCGCAAACGGCCCGCCCCCUCACAACAACACAUUCAACAGCAGCAGCAGCAGCAACAGCAGCAACAGCAACAACAGCAGCAAGCGGUACAGAACAGAAACAGGAAGAAGCCGGUGGGAUUUCCUGGAGCCAGUGAGAUGCCAGGGAGGCAGAUGGACAUGAGAGAGGCCCAAUCAGAUCCCACACUCGGAUCAAACACCAAGAGGAGGAAAAUGGCUGAUAAGAUUCUUCCACAAAGGAUUCGUGAGUUAGUCCCAGAGUCCCAGGCUUAUAUGGACCUCCUGGCCUUUGAGCGCAAACUGGACCAAACCAUAAUGCGCAAGCGGGUGGACAUCCAAGAAGCACUGAAACGACCCAUGAAGCAAAAGCGCAAACUGCGGCUCUACAUCUCCAACACCUUCAACCCAGCCAAGCCUGACGCAGAGGACUCGGAUGGCAGCAUUGCAUCCUGGGAGCUACGGGUGGAGGGAAAGUUACUUGAUGAUCCAGGAAAAGUGAAAAGGAAGUUUUCAUCCUUCUUUAAAAGCCUGGUGAUUGAGCUGGACAAAGAUCUCUAUGGACCAGACAACCAUCUUGUAGAGCUGCUGAGCAGCGGGGCUCGGUGGCAUCGCACUCCCACCACUCAGGAGACUGACGGCUUCCAGGUGAAAAGGCCAGGCGAUGUUAAUGUACGCUGCACUCUACUGUUAAUGCUGGAUUAUCAGCCUCCUCAGUUUAAGUUGGAUCCGCGGCUUGCUCGGCUGUUGGGUAUCCACACUCAGACACGCUCGUGUAUCAUCCAGGCCCUGUGGCAGUACAUCAAAACCAACAAGCUGCAGGACUCCCAUGACAAAGAGUACAUCAACUGUGAUAAAUACUUUCAGCAGAUUUUUGACUGCCCUCGGCUGAAGUUCUCCGAGAUUCCUCAGCGCCUGACUAACCUGCUGCUUCCCCCUGAUCCCAUCGUUAUAAACCACGUCAUCAGUGUGGACCCAAACGAUCAGAAGAAAACAGCCUGCUAUGAUAUAGAUGUCGAAGUGGAGGAUCCACUCAAAACCCAGAUGAGCAACUUCCUGCUCUCAACAGCCAAUCAGCAGGAGAUUGCCUCCCUUGACAACAAAAUCCAUGAGACUAUUGAGUCCAUCAACCAGCUGAAGAUUCAGAGAGACUUCAUGCUCAGUUUCUCCCGAGAUCCCAAAGGCUACAUCCAGGACUGGCUGAAAUCCCAGAGCAGAGAUCUCAAAUUAAUGACUGACGUCGUUGGGAAUCCUGAGGAGGAGAGGAGGGCCGAGUUUUACUACCAGCCCUGGUCUCAGGAGGCAGUCAGUCGCUACUUCUACUGCAAGAUUCAACAGAGAAGGCAAGAGCUGGAACAAGCCCUGGCUAUGAGGAAUACCUAGACCAAACCCAGAUGCCAGCUCGCACCCUGACAACACUUCUACAGCCUGAGCCACACGAAUGUCCUCAUUAUUGCCACAUUGUUUUCUACAGUGAGUGUGUGUGUGGGUGGGUGUGUGUCUCCUCGUGUUUUAGUUGUCACUGUGACCCAAGGCCCAAUUACACACAGCCAUUCCGAGGAGCCUUUCUGUUUCUGUCUCAGCCAGGCACGGUGCUCUGCCUCAUAUAUUUUACAUAAGGACAUCAAGUCACAACCCCAGUUGCCAUAUUCUCGAUCCUUAAUGCUGAGCUUUCACACGUGACACAAGUGUUGAAGAGACGAAACACCACUUUCCCAGGUGGAAAUAUGUCAUGUUUAAGCCAACAGAAUUCUUUUUUAUAUCUAUAAGUCAUUUUAAUAGUUUCAGUAGAUUAUCAGUAUUAUUGCUUUGAUCACUUUAGUGAAAAUAGAUGUUUUCACUAUUUAUCUGGUUCCCUCUCUGUGUAAAGAGUUCUUCAGUAAGCUGCUGCUUAAGAGAGUGUAAUUCUUGUACGUGUACAAAUUAUUUAACUACCUACGGUAGCAGUCAAAAGUUUGGACACCCCUACUCUUUUAUAGGUUUUUCUGUAUUUGGACUAUUUUCUACAUUGUAGAACAAUACUGAAGACAUCAAAACUAUGAAAUAACAUCUGGAACAUAUAUGGAAUUAUGUGGAAAACAAACAAUGGUUAAAAUAUGUUUAUUUUAGAUUAUUUAAAGUAGCCAGCGUUUACCUUGAUGACGCUUUGCACACUAUUGUUAUUUUAACCAGCUUCAUGAGGUCGUCACCUGGAAUGCUUUUCAAUUAAGAGGUCAAAAGUUAAUUAGUGCAGCUUCUUGCCUUCUUAAAGUGCAUAUCAGGGGUAAAUUCAGGAGCAAGAUCAAUGUAAUUCUCCUAUUUUAUAUUAAACUUUGGUCAAAUAUCUGUCACAUUUUGCAUUUUGUGCAAUUUUUUUACCUUGCGCAGUACCAGAACAAUUCAGUUGAAAUCAAGCCGUUUGAGGCGAAUUGGUCCGCCUCUGAAAAAACUCGGCAUUUGGAUUUCCCGCCAAACAUUUAUUUUCGUGACGUUGCGUGCGGGACGCCUCCCUCUGAGUCCUACGUCAGCGCUGGUUUGUUUAUGAGAAAACGACCUGGUGCUUUUCUGCAAAUUUCUUCAACAUUAUCACGUAAUUAUUAAAAUGGUUAACAGAUGUAUCGUAGGAGGGUGUAGCAACACCAAUCUUGAUGGGAUUAGUACUCAUCGUUUCCCACAUUGCGCUCAGGUGACAAUUCCAUAUUUCAAUGCGAAAUCGCUCACUGCUAAACUUGGUCUACACAGGCUGUGCACUGAAACCGUGCAAAGCUCUCGCAGCCUGCUGGCGCUUCCGCAGGUGACGUCACGAAUCUGGCUCCAGACUCCCUUGGGAUUUUUCCAGACGCGUUUUGUUAUUUUUUUUUUCUGCUGUAGACAGAUGAUCUUGUGCAAAAUUACCCUUCUGGAUGAGUGUAAAGGGACAUACUUUCAUAUUAAAAAAAAACGAAUUUGGUCCAGGAUAUGCACUUUAAUGUGUUUGAGAUCAAACAGUAAAUAAUAAAAAUCCAGUAAAUAGCCCGAUUCCACAACUGUAGUAAUCCAUAUUAUGUCAAGAAGUAGAGGUCUGCACAGGACAGAAUUUUCAGUCCCGCUCCCGCAUUGUGCAGUCCUGCUCCCGCAAAGAAUUAUGAUUUUCAGUCCCGCUCCCGCCCGCAAAUCCCGCAUGAUGCAGACGUUCACGUUAUUUCUCACGAAAGUUCUUGUCAUUGGCUUGGGGAAUUAAACAUGCUGAGCUUAGCUGAGCUCUCCACUGACUGAUCCUUCACCCAGCGCACGUAGUGAGGGUGCGCGUUGCCAGGUGGCAUGCGCAGCUGAGGCUUUACAGAGAUACCCAACACACCUACCAAAAUCUACAGUGGAUAUUAAGAAUAUUAUACAUACCUGUAGCUUAUAUGUCACUCCUCACAUUUACAUUCUAGGAAAUAUAAGUAGGCCUAUAAGAAAUUAAUAUAAUUUAAAGACACAGCGUGAUGGUGCCCCGCCCCCUACUUUGAGUGGAUUUGAGCAUAAACAUCAACAGCUCGCGUUCAGGGGUGCGUUUCCCAAACAACCAACCAAGUCAGCAUUAAACCAAUAUGGUACGAUGCAAGUUUGAACUAACUAACAUCCAAAAAACGACUGUUUCCCAAAGCUGUAGGACCAACUUGGUCUGAACCAAGUUGAUUUGAACCAACACAGUUCAAACCACGAUGUUUUCAGAUGUGUUCGGAUGGUCUCGUUUAUUGUCGGAAUUCAGAGAAACAACCCGAAGUUGGCUGACAGUGCGAACGGCAUUUCACCAUUAAAUGACCGUUAAGCCAAAUUUGGUGCGUCCAUAAUCUUCCCCUGAUGCUUGCAACUUGGUGUAGAUGUUCAUUUAGACUAAUAUAAAAUUGCAAUAUUUGGAAAUCAUGUGUAAACAAAAGGCAUCUCCAUAAAUCAAAGCAUCAUAUACUAGUUUUGGCUAUAAGGCUAUUUGCCCUGAUUAAAAAUAGCUAAGCAAACUGCUGUGAGAUGGCACAGAUAACGUCAUGUAGAUCUACAUGUUGUGUAUUUAUAGGUGGCAUUGUUAGGUUUAUUGUAAGUUUAUUGUUUAGACUCUGACAUUCUGCUGACACAUUCCAAGUUGAGCGCUGCAUGCGCUCAUGAUUGACAGCUGUCGCUUUGAUUGACAGCUCUUGCUUUGCGCACUCCCACUUCCAAGAAUGAACAGGUGCAUUCUCUUUGCGGACUCGCACUUUCUUUUUAAAGCAGCACUUACUUCUGAAGCACUGUGAGCUUCACUAGAGGAGCUCUGCUCUUCUGCCAUGAUCGGAGAUCUCAAACACAGAAGAGCGGAAAGGAAUCGGAAACGUACGCGAGAUUAGACCACAUCCGCAAAUUUAGGCAUCUUAAAAUGUUUUUAUUAAUGCCAAAUAAAAUAUCCAGCACAAAUUAUAUAUGAUAGACAUAAAUUAAUAAUUUAUAAAUUUUAUUUUAAACACGUUUUUAGUUAGCAGGACUGCAGCUUAUCACCUCUCCCGCCCGCGCCCGCAUUGUGCACUCCCCCUCCCGCCCGCGCCCGCAUUGUGCACUCCCCCUCCCGCCCGCUCCCGCAUUGUGCACGCCCGUUCCCGCAUUGUGCACUCCCCCUCCCGCCCGCUCCAGCAUUGUGCACGCCCACUCCCGCAUUGUGCACUCCCCCUCCCGUCCGCGCCCGCAUUGUGCACUCCCCCUCCCGCCCGCUCCCGCAUUGUGCACUCCCCCUCCCGCCCGCUCCCGCAUUGUGCACGCCCGCUCCCGCAUUGUGCACUCCCCCUCCCGCCCGCUCCCGCAUUGUGCACACCCGCUCCCGCAUUGUGCACUCCCCCUCCCGCCCGCUCCCGCAUUGUGCACUCCCCCUCCCGCCCGCGCCCGCAACGAGCUUUCAAAAUUUGUCCCGCGCCGCACUGCUUUGCGUCGGGUCCCACGGGAGUGCAGGGCUCUCUCAAGAAGCGCUCAGCUAAGUAAAGAGAAACGACAGCCAUCAUUACUUUAAGACAUGAAGUGACUUUUAAUUCAUAAAAAUAAAGAAAAAAUAUUGAAUUAGAAGGUGUGUCUAAACUUUUAACUGGUACUGUAUAGUAGAAUUGUGUCCCCACCUUUGCUAUGAAUCACAGCAGAUUGUAAUCGUGUUUGUUGUGUGUGUGCUCGGGAUAAGGAGGAAUGGCGUGGAUGUGUAACUACAGGGAUGGACAAAUCAAGACUGACUAAGCUAAAAAGUAGUAGCUGUUACAUGAAAUAAUGUAAGAAUACUGUAUAAGGCAAGCUAGUUAGUUAGUUAAGUUUAUUAUCCUCUUAUAACAGUUUUUCUCAUGUAGAACAACAUGUUUGUGCCCUCAACUAAAAGGCCAACCUCGACUGUGUGUGAUGUGGUGUUCUCUCAUCGCAUCAAACAUUAAAAACCGGUUAGUGUCCUCAUUUUCUCUACAUAUGUUAAACUGUGAGGUGACUGCGUGCAGUACAUCAGCGUCGCCAGACCCAUUUUACUGGGGCACCUGCCCCAGUAUAUAUCUGCUGUGCCCCAGUAAAAUUUCCUGAUCACAUUUCAGAAACAGUAAUGUCUUUGGCACUGCGGAAUAACCGUAUACGACCUAUACGUCCAAAUCACAUCCAUUCGUCUCUAUUAAAUUGCUGGCGGAACACUCAUCACACAAUUAACACACGUGAAACCACACGACUUGAGCUUUCCAACGGUACUAUCCACUAGUUGCUGUGAUAAACGAUUUGUGAUAAAAUUAACAUCAAUGAAUUCAGAUCAAAUUUAAUCAUAUUCUGCAUACAGCUCUGCGCCCAUCUCCACACCCGUUCUUGUCGGCGCAAUACCUCACUAACUCCUGAGUCGACACGACAAACCAGACAUCAAAAUAAACAGCAGUCCCAGCUGUUUCGAAUGGUAUAAAGUAUUCAUCAGUGCCUUUUGCCUUUCUCGAGUAACCCGGUUUUUGAAAUUACAGCAGCGAUUUGUCUCCAACUUCGGACUGAUAUUCGAAAGUAGCUUACAUUACAUAGUUAUGUCAGUACGUGAUAUAUUUUUACAAAUUAUUGCUAAGACAUACAGUAGGCUAUCCCACUAUCAUGAGAUUUAUGUUGCCAGAUUCCAGACAAUCCACACAAGCAUGAAAAGAUAUUUCUUUUGCCAUGCUUCCUAUAGUGGCAUACAUUCAAGAACAUGGAAAAUUCAUCAACACAAAAUGUUUUUCCUUGAUAGAAAAGCCUGAUGUGAAUAUGCAAAUAUUAUCAUAACCUAGACUGUCCUGAAAAAAACAACAACAUAGAUUAUAUCCUUAUAGCAUGUAGACGGAUGGCCCUUAUAAUCACCAUGAGCUUAAAAGUAAAGAUGGUAUACCCUGAAAAUAGCCUAUGGUUAAUUUAGAUCGAUAAUAUCAGGAAUAGAGUGGAUGUUUUUCUGCUUCAAGGUGCAUCAACGUCGGCAACUUUCUGUCCCUAAAUAUAAGGCACACAUUCUGUGCGUCUGUGCACGUCUGUGUGAAUGUCGGGAACGCGCAUGCAGCCAAGCGUGCGAAAUUGGAGAAAGAAGGUACAGUGACGUCACGCAAGUUCACGCAGCAAACGUAUAUAUUUUUAAGUGGAGCUGUAUGUCCUAUAGCACAUUUCAUAUGCCACAAGCUUUCCAAAAAAAUGAUAUACACUACCAUUCAAAAGUUUGGGGUCACUUUGAAAUGUCCUUAUUUUUGAAAGAAAAGCACUGUUCUUUUCAAUGAAGAUCACUUUAAACUAAUCAGAAAUCCACUCUAUACAUUGCUAAUGUGCUAAAUGACUAUUCUAGCUGCAAAUGUGUGGUUUUUGGUGCAAUAUCUCCAUAGGUGUAUAGAGGCCCAUUUCCAGCAACUCUCACUCCAGUGUUCUAAUGGUACAAUGUGUUUGCUCAUUGCCUCAGAAGGCUAAUGGAUGAUUAGAAAACCCUUGUACAAUCAUGUUAGCACAGCUGAAAACAGUUGAGCUCUUUAGAGAAGCUAUAAAACUGACCUUCCUUUGAGCAGAUUGAGUUUCUGGAGCAUCACAUUUGUGGGGUCGAUUAAAUGCUCAAAAUGGCCAGAAAAAUGUCUCGAUUAUAUUUUCUAUUCAUUUUACAACUUAUGGUGGUAAAUAAAAGUGUGACUUUUCAUGGAAAACACAAAAUUGUCUGGGUGACCCCAAACUUUUGAACGGUAGUGUAGGUAUUGGUGGGUGGGGGUGGGGGGGCUGUGCCCCAGUACAGCUUUAUGUCUCGCAACGCCCUUAAUGUAGUAAACACAAGACUUAAACCCUUUAAUUACCUCGGUUUUGUCAGUGUUUCUACAUACCCAUCUAAAAAAAAAUUGCAUGUCAUCCAUGCAUGCUAAUUAAUCCACAUAGUAAAAAAGUAGCAAUUAGUUUUGCCAAAAGAGCAUACUACAUCGAUCCAUCCGUUAUCUGUAGCCGCUUUAUCCUGUUCUACAGGGUCGCAGGCAAGCUGGAGCCUAUCCCAGCUGACUACGGGCGAAAGGCGGGGUACACCCUGGACAAGUCGCCAGAUCAUCACAGGGCUGACACAUAGACGCAGACAACCAUUCACACUCACAUUCACACCUACGGUCAAUUUAGAGUCACCAGUUAACCUAACCUGCAUGUCUUUGGACUGUCGGGGAAACCGGAGCACCCGGAGGAAACCCACGCAAACUCCACACAGAAAGGCUCCCGUCAGCCACUGGGCUUGAACCCAGAACCUUCUUGCUGCGAGGCAACAAUACUAACUACUACACCACCGUGCCGCCGGCACACACUACAGGCGUUAUGAUUUGUAAGUAGUGCUGAAGCUGCAACAUCGAAAGUGUGUCACACCACCAUGAAGCUACCGAGCAGCUACGAAUGAAAAACUACUCAUUUGUCCAUCCCUGAACUACAUUUGUAGCUAGCUCCCAAAUUCAGGACUCUGUGUCCUGUAUUCACUGUGAAUCAUUAUUCUAUUCUAAACGUAUUGUUUUAAUUAAUCCAUUGGUAAAUACACACUACAGACUGCACAGUAUUUGGAGUUUCCAUAGCAGUAACUAUAGUUAUUCUUGACGCUAAUCACUACGUUAAUAACAUGGAGCAUUUCUCGGUAAGUACGAACAGGACGUCUGAUGUAGGUAGUUAAUGUGUAACAAUUUGUACAUAUGUAAGAAUUACUCUGUAGUUGCUAAACACGAAAGGCGAUAUAAAGCGGAGCCUUUUUCUUUUAUCAGUAUUUGUAAUGUGUGGAGCCCACUGUGUAAUAUGUGACCUGCUCCAUCAUUCUGACUUUUAGACGUUUCAGAGAUACGACCGAUAUGAUCUUUGUGCUCUGAGGAUUAGGAUAAACUCACAUAGGUUGAUUGUAAUCACGUCUCGUCAGCCGAUACAGUACUGUGUAAAAGUCUUAGACCCCCCCCCACAAUUUUUUUUUUUUAAGUACAAACUUUUUAUAGAGUUUUAUUCAUUACUUCUACAUUAUCGACUCGUUAAGACACGUUUUAAAUUUCCAAACAGUUUCCCAGCACAAUAUUACAUGUUACAGCAGUAUAUUAUGUAAGAGAGACUUUUCACACAGAAAAACAUAAUGAAGGCUGUUGGGCUUUGCUGCAAAAAUAAGACGCGAGUGUGACAGUCAAAGUCUCCAGAAGAACUGGGGCUGGAUCUGCAAAACCUCUCAGCUAACUUCCUUAUAAAACUGUACACAUUGUAUUUGAGACUUUUUUAAGCAAAUGUUGACUUUGUUUCACGUCUCACUGGUUAUUGCUCUUUAUAAUGGUUCUUUUUUUCAUAUAGAAACAUUUAAUUUCAUUACUUUUGAAGACAUCUUUGCUCCACAGCGUUUAUUUGCAUGUGCCUAAGACGUUUGCACAGUACUGUACUUUUUUUUUUUUCCCCAAUAAAUUGCAACAUUUAUUCAGACAUAAAACUCCACCUCGUUCAUCCAAGGUUCUCCAGACUACACAGAAAGGGAAAGAGGCAGAGCGAUUUAGUGUGUAGCUGAUUAGCUUUUAUACAUACUGUGUAUAUAUACUUUUUCUCAAAAGUAGCAAAUGCCUUAUGUUCGAGAGCUUCCCAUCUAGAUUUGUUGCUUGACAUUGACGACAUUAUUGGCACAGUCAAAAAGCAGAGACUUUAUUUCAAGCAUAACCAAUAAAACCCCAAAAACGGACCAGAAGUGAGUUUAUAGAAGCACAUGGUUUCUACACAAAUAGCCACUUGCGACGUCCGACUCGAAACGAUGUUGAACACGUCACAUGUGAUUAAAAUCAUAUGAUCAAGUUCUCAGAAACAAAUCCAUGCAGUUGUACUAGAGUGAAGUGUACCGGUAUAUGAAGUAUAAUGAUCUAAGCUGCUGGCCAGCAGUCCAUGUCUGAAAAUCUGCUUUCUCCAGCUGAGUAUUUGCAUUUGACUGAAGUUCAUUCAACAACAACUCGUACUUGAAGUAUUUAAAUUGGAAGUAUUUUAAAACACUUUGUUUUACGAGGUCUUUAACCCACGAUGAAGGUUGUGUGAAAAUGCUGUGUGAAGUCCAGUAUGAAACAAUCAUUUCUUCAAAAGAAAAAAAGAAAUACGACACCUUUGCUCGUCAUGUCAGGAUUGUAGAAAUACUGACACAUAACACUGCACCCAAACCCCAAGAAUCCAGAGAUAUCUUUUUUAAAUUCUUGCAAGAAUCUGGAGCAUAUCUGGAGAUUUUUUUUUUCUGCAAUUUCGUGAUCAGAGAAUACCCUCCAUGGAUUUCAUCAUAUAUGGGUCAUAGUUUGAAAUAUCUGGGCGAGACCCUCUCUGGAUUCUGGGGUGUUUUGCGCAGUGUGACUUUAUUAAUAUCUUUGGAGAUGAUAAUCUCAAUGGGUCCAAAUCCUGUGUUUACUGUACAAUGAAGUGUAAACAGUACUGAUCUCAUAUUGUCUGUUUUAUUCUUUCAUGUUGGAUUUCUACCAGCAGUCUCAACGGCUUAGGUUUAAGGUAUUUAUUUGUAAUUUUGCAAUGAAGAGCACUGACGAUACUGUAGAAACUGGUAAAUUUUAUGUUUAGUUUGUAGCUUUAAAAAAAAAAAAAAAAAAAACAACACCUCAGUCAAGUACCACAACUUUUCAAACUUUUGCACUAAGUUGUUCAUCAUGAGUUGGUCGUUAAAUAUUGUUCACUUGAAACGAGGGAAUGAAAUGAAGGAUAAGCUGACCUGUGCUCAUUUUGUUCAUUGAUAUGUUGUGUACUGUAUCACUGGUGUAAUAUUGUCCUCGCUCCCCAGUGGCUGUGUGUGUUGGUUCUCAGCCCAGUUAGAGGGUAACAACCAGGUAUAAACGCCUGAGCUCUACGCAUCAAACGUCUUCUCAUGGAAGGAGAGUUCACACUUUCUGUGCAGCCUCAGUCAAAAUAAUCGCUGAGGGUCAGCAUUCACUUUCUUCAAGCCUAUGCAUGCUGCAUGGACAGAUUUUUAUACUUUCAUACAUGGACGUUUAAUACUCUUCAGACUGAUGGAGGAAACCAGAAGAGCAUGGACCCACGGAGAACUGGGUCAAAGCGACAAAAAAAGGACAAAAGACGACCCAUUCUGGUCAGCUACUGUUUUUUAAAGUCUUCUGUAUUGCUGUUGUCUUGUGUUUAUAAAGGACUUAGUGAUUUUAGUAUGGAUAAAAUAGAAGCACACAACAGAUUUCUACCAAGAUGCAUCCAGGAUCUGUGUAGUUCAUCAAGACUAGAGCACCCCCUACUGAACCUCCUGAACACAGCAGCUACUGUUUCACAGACCACACGACAUCGUCUUCAACAACAGCAUGGACCCUUAACUGCCUGGUAUUUUCUGUUCUUCUGCUGAUUUCUUCAUUCCCGAGCCCACUAACGGUCAUCACCGACUCACCUGGUGGAGUGAUGGAACAACAACAGGAUCCAAAAACCUGUCCCUGAUGUUUAUUAUCAAUUGUUGUAAACAAAUGCAAUAUAUUCAUCUGAUACUUAUUGACCACAGCGAUGACACUGCAACACUGGUGGCUAGUCGCACUGCUAGGUUAAGCCCCCCCCCAAAAAAAAAAAGCAACUAAACAACGCAGAGAUCAAAUUAAUGUUGACUAAGUGACAUAAUUGUUCAAAAUUACAUUAUCAGGAUCUUUAAUAACUGAUGAAAUCUUUUGCAAGACUUUUCGAGCCUCAUGCACGAGUAUGCUUAAGGGUACAAGUUGUUCUUUUACAUCGGGUCACUCCUGCAAGUGAUUCUUCACUCACGUCUGUGUUCCAGGUCACCUUCCUCCAGUUCUCGAUGCCAGCUGUGGCCUGUAUUUAAGUCUGAUGUCAACCCAGAGCAAUUUGUAUGCAAUGGAUGCACAUGCUGUAUUAACUAAGUGGUUUUUCUAGUCAAUGUUAAUGAACAUUCUGUACACAUGCAGUAGGGUGUUUUUGAUGCCACGCCAUGAUAUUUCUCACUCAACCCGUUCUACAUUUUCAUUGUUCCAUUUUCAACAGAGAGAAAGUAGUAUGAGAAUCACAAGUGUGGAUGUAAAUAAAAAAAGCGCUUGCCAAAGUUUGUCAAAGA